GAUCAGGGACAUGGCCAAGAACGGGCCGAAUCCAACCCUCCAGAAGAUGCUGGAGAUCAUCCAGGAACAGGCUGCAUCAACUCCAGGUUUGGAACACUUUGCUGCCGUGAUUGCAAAGGUGUUGGGUGGUGAGAUUGACCAGAGGCGCUUGGGCAAAGCCUUGCCCAACAUGAUGAAGGCUUUACAAAAGCUUGAAGUAGAGGUGCAAUCGCGCUUUUGUGAAGGUGUCGCCCACCCUUUGCUGCCUCACGUGAAGGAGCUCAGCAAGUUGUCCAUCGCCUGCCACGAGGGCGGGAAGCGCAAGGGCGAGAGCGGCGAGAGCGAGGGCAAGUCUGCAAAGAGAAGCAAAUUGGAAGAUGGGGCCAACCAUCAGCCCUUCAGCGAAGGUGGUGGACUGCGGAAAUUCCUUCUCGGUUUGCAUUCCUUGCCCGGUCCCAGCUUUAAUAUGACACGUUGAACUGUUUGGGCAGGAAUCAGGAUCGGUGACAGC